GUUGGACUCAACUUAAUGAGAAACUUGCUCUAUCCAAAUGGAGCAAAAGUUUAUAAAUUGAGAAGCAAUCAUGAAAUACUUUUAGUUUCACACGAGCGGCGGGUCCUAACAUUUAUUGGAUGAUCCAUCUUAAUUUAGUUCAUUAAUAAUCAUGCUUAAAAUUUCGAUUUUAUUACUACUGUGUCUCUCGAGUGUCUAUUCAGGGACCGUGGAAAAGGACCCUAUAGAAAAAGAGACAGAUGCAGAGAAAUCGAAAAGACACGCUACUCAUCAAGAACCCUGUCCACCAGAAGAACAUAAUUCUCAAAUAUGGAAACCGGAAAUUAAACAAGACAUCAGUUACGUGAAACCAUUGUCAACUGGAUGGCAACCAAAAUCAAGUGGAUGGGAUCAACAAAAGUGGCAACCACCUUCAUUGGGAUGGCAACCAAAAUCAUCAGGAUGGGAUCAACAAAAGUGGCAACCAAUGCUAACUGGAUGGCAACAACCCAAAUGGCAACCAGCUUCAUCUGGAUGGCAACCUAAAUCAUCUGGAUGGGAUCAACAAAAAUGGCAACCAGCAACUAGCGGAUGGCAGCCAAAAUCAUCAGGAUGGCAACCAAAAUCAUCGGGAUGGGAACAACAAAAAUGGCAACCAGCAACAAGUGGAUGGCAACCAAAAUCAUCAGGAUGGGAACAACAAAAAUGGCAACCAGCGUCUAGUGGAUGGCAACCAAAAUCAUCAGGUUGGGAUCAACAAAAAUGGCAACCAGCAUCUAGCGGAUGGCAGCCAAAAUCAUCUGGAUGGCAACCAAAAUCAUCAGGAUGGGAACAACAAAAAUGGCAGCCAGCAUCCACUGGUUGGCAACCAAAAUCCUCAGGAUGGCAACAACCUAAAUGGCAACCAAUGUCAUCUGGAUGGCAAUCAAAAUCAUCUGGUUGGCAAUCUCAAUCAUCAGGUUGGCAACAAUCAAAAGUCAAUAUACACAAACCAAUGUUUGAAUAUGCACCAAUGUAUCAUCAACCAAUGAUUCAUAAACCCUGGACUCCAAGUGUAAAAAUACCAUGUCCUGAUCCAUGUAAACCAUCAUCACAUGGUGCAUCAAUUCAUUAUGCUCCAUUGCCACCAAUGCAUCAUAUUAAAAUACCUCAAAUAAAUUAUAUUAAACCACAAAUUCAUCCUCCUGUUCAUAUACCACCUGUACAGAAUAAAGUUUGGGAGGAACCUUGUGAUUGAGAUGUUACUCAAAUGAUGGCUGUUUUUUCACUGGCUUUUUUUUGCAUCAUCAAUCAAGGUCUAUUGAAAAAGAAUCUUGUAUUAUCAUCAGAAUAAAAAUUGUUUUUUUUAUCGUUUUGAUUCUAAUGCAUCACACAAAACGCUUAUUUAUUUUCUAUUGAAAUGUAUUUUUUACAUACACACAUACAUACAUUGAUAUGUACGAUUUAGUCAUAAUUUUAUAUUUAUUUACACGAUCCUGAUGCAGAUGAUCAUGCAACGAAUAAAGAGAUAUCCCAACA